UGUGUCAGUCUACUUCGUCGGUUCGUCGCGUUCGGUCGCAGAAAUUGAUUUGCUGCCGCCCUUUUUGCGUGGUCCCGUUUAUUUUCAUUCAAUAAAUAAAAAAUAAAUUUAUUAUUAUUUUUCUCUGACUCCGCGCCGCGACCGCACCGUUGUACGCGCGUGUGUUUGUUCUUGAAAUUCUACUUGUGUGUGCUGCUGCUGCUCUCCUCCGCAAGUGAGGGAGAACACUUUGCUGGGCUGGGAAGAAAAGAAAAAUUUCUUGAAGCGAAAAAAAAAAUCUUCAAGUGAAAACAAGAGAUUCCUGUUACUUCCACAAUAUUUACCUCAUUUUUUUUGUUGUUUUUGAGGAAAAAAAAGUGCUUUAAUUUGUGUUUUUUGAUAUUCGAAGUAGGCGAGCAACACCUUGGCUGAAGAAAAGCAUACAUAAAUCGAACAUCCCAUAAAAGACAAGCCACGACGUGAUCCUGGAUCCAACUGGGAGAGAUCGACGACAACGAAGAACGACGGUUUGCUGCUGCUGAGGAGAAACAACAAAAAUUCAACCUGAACCAGAAGUACAAAUAACGCAACCAGCAAGAUGCCUGUGUUUCACACGAAAACGAUCGAGAGUAUUUUGGAGCCGGUUGCACAACAGGUCUCCCGGCUGGUGAUACUCCACGAGGAGGCGGAAGAUGGCAACGCGAUGCCGGAUCUGUCGCGGCCCGUCCAGGCCGUGUCGCUGGCCGUUACGAACCUGGUCCGGGUGGGCCGCGAGACGAUCCACAACUCGGACGACGACAUCCUGAAGCAGGACAUGCCGUCGGCGUUGGCCCGCGUCGAGAACGCGUCGCAGCUGCUGGAGGAGGCGUCCGGGAUGUUGCGGGUCGAUCCGUUUUCGGGGCCGGCGCGGAAGAAGUUGAUCGAGGGUUCGCGGGGGAUUCUGCAGGGGACGUCGUCGUUGCUGCUGUGCUUUGACGAGAGUGAGGUGAGGAAGAUUAUUCGGGAGUGCAAGCGGGUGCUGGACUACUUGGCCGUUUCGGAGGUCAUCGAUACGAUGGAGGAUUUGGUGCAGUUUUUGAAGGAUUUGAGCCCGUGUUUGAGUAAGGUGUCGCGGGAGGUUGGGGCGCGUGAGAAGGAGUUGACGCACCAGGUGCACAGCGAGAUUCUGGUGCGCUGCUUGGAGCAGGUCAAGAUUCUGGCGCCGAUUCUGAUCUGUUCGAUGAAGGUGUUUAUUCUGAUUGCCGAACAGAGUGGGAAGGGGUCGGACGAGGCGGCGGAGAAUAGGAACUAUUUGGCGUCGCGGAUGAGCGAGGAGAUUCAGGAGAUUAUCCGUGUGCUGCAGUUGACGACUUACGAUGAGGAUCAGAGCGAGUUGGAUAAUUUGACGGUGCUGAAGAAGAUCCACAACGCGAUCAACAACAAGAUGGAGGCGGCGCACGAUUGGUUGAAGAAUCCGUACGCGCUGAGGGGUGGAGUUGGCGAGAAGGCUUUGAGGCAGAUUGUGGACAAUGGGUUGAAGGUUGCGGAUCGUUGUCUACCGCAGGACUCGCACAUUCUGCGCAAGUUGGGUGGAGACAUCACCGCGAUGACGAACACGUUGUGCGAUUUGCGACAGGAAGGCAAGGGAACGACUCCGCACGCGGACAAUAUUGCGCGGGACAUUCGCGACAAGCUGGGCAAUCUCGAGCAGUCCGUACUGAACGCCAUCAUGGGCGUUGACAAGGCUGGACUUCAGCAGACGGCUCACACCGUUCAAGGUCGGCUGGAGCAGGCCUGCCGUUGGCUGCAGAACCCAAGCCAGGACGAUCGUGGACUUGGCCAGCGCGCGAUCGCGUUGAUCGUUGACGAGGGUCGUCGCGUUGCGGAAGGUCUCAGUGGCCACCAAAAGGCCGAGGUUAUGGCGCUUUGUGACGAAGUUGAACAACUCUCGCACGACUUCUCCCAGAUGUGCAACAACGGCCUCGGUCACACUGCCCAAGCUCAGGAGGUCGCCCGUCGUCUCAACGAGAAGCUGCACGGCCUCAAGAAGCAGAUCCAGGACGCGGUUGUUGGCCGCGUCGUCGAAGACUUUAUCGACAUUUCUUCGCCUCUGAAACAGUUUAUGGAGGCCGUCGCUCUGCCCGAAGGCACCCCCAACCGUGAGCAGAACUUCAAUCAAAAGUCGAACCAACUGCAGAGUUUCAGCGAUCGCGCCUCCAAAACCAGUCGCAUGGUCGCCGCCGGCGGUUCCGGAGGAAAUAAAAAGCUCGCCGAAGUCCUGCUCUCCUGCGCUUCCCAAGUGGACAGUCUCACCCCGCAACUGGUCUCCGCCGGUCGCAUCCGCAUGAACUACCCCACAAGCAAAGCCGCCGAAGAGCAUCUGAACAACUUGAAGCAGCAGUACGCGGACACGAUCCUCCGAAUGCGAACCCUCUGCGAUCAGGCCACCGAUCCGUCAGACUUUAUCGAAGCGUCCGAGAAGCAAAUGCAGAAGCACUCGUUCCUGUGCGAUGACGCCAUCAGAACGCGUCAACCGCAAAAGAUGGUCGACAACACCUCCAGCGAGGCACGACUUGCGAACCGCGUUCUGCUCGUGGCCAAACAGGAGGCGGACAAUUCGGAAGACCCUGAGUUUAUUGCCAAAGUCAACGACGCAUCCGACCGCCUUCAAGCGUCCAUUUCUCCAAUGGUCCAAGAAGCCAAAAACGUGUCCACCAACAUCAACGACCCGAUUCAUGCCUCGAACUGGCGCGAAGCCAACAAGCACCUCCUGCAAAACGUGCGCAACAUCCGCAGUGCCAUCAACAACCUCCCCGAGGUCCCCGAAAUGCCCGAUCUCUCCGCUCUCCACCUCAACCAGCAACACGCCGCCCCCGCCCCAGAAACUGCCCCACCACGCCCACCCCUCCCACGCGAAAACAUCCCUCCGGUCCGCCCACCUCCGCCAGAAACCGACGACGAGGACGAACUGUUCCAGGGCAUGCCCAACGCCAACCAACCCAUCCUGAUGGCCGCCCACGGCCUCCACCAGGAGGUCCGCCAGUGGUCCUCCAAGGACAACGAAAUCAUCGCCGCCGCCAAGCGCAUGGCCGUCCUCAUGGCCCGUCUCUCCGAGCUGGUGCGUGCCGACUCCAAGGGCUCCAAGCGCGAGCUGAUCGCCACCGCCAAGAAGAUCGCCGAAGCGUCCGAGGACGUGACGCGGCUGGCCAAGAUUCUGGCCCGCCAGUGCACGGACAAGCGCAUCCGGACGAACCUGCUGCAGGUGUGCGAGCGGAUACCGACCAUCGGGACGCAGCUGAAGAUUCUUUCGACCGUGAAGGCGACCAUGCUGGGCGCGCAGGGCUCGGAGGAGGACCGCGAGGCGACCGACAUGCUGGUGGGAAAUGCCCAGAACCUGAUGCAGAGUGUCAAGGAAACGGUCCGCGCCGCCGAGGGAGCGAGCAUCAAGAUCCGCUCGGACCAGAUCAACCACCGGUUGCGCUGGGUCCGCCGGCAGCCCUGGUACCAGUACUAGAUUCUGUCCGGGGGACGUCAGAGGACGACAGCACACAGCCACACACUUUUCUAAUAAGAAUUUUAUGUUUGUUCCGUACUCCCUAUUCUAACAAAGUCUACACUUCGAGUGUCUACGAAGUAGGCGUGGCCAAUCUAGUACUUCCUUUUUUUCUUCCUCCCACACUCUUCAUGAAUAGUAGUAGUAGAUUUGUAAGAAUGUUAUCACACUGCGUUUUUUUAACUCGUAUUUAUUAAUAUUUAAUUUUACCUUUUUCUAUCCAGAGUAGAGAACGAAGUUUGAUACAAAUUUAACAUAAAAAAGUCACACAAAAAUUUUAAAAUUGCGCGAGUGAACUGGUCAAAAUGAUGAAGCAAUCGAAAGUAAGAAAAAAAAGUGAAACGAAAAGUAUUGAAAAUACAAACAAAUGAAAUUAGGGAAACGUUGCCAAAAAGGAUGCAAAAACAAGGAAAUUGUUUGUUAUAAAUCGUGUAAUGAAAUUUUAUGAAAAGCGCGCGCGUAUUGUUCUAUAUUUAGCAGCAAGUCAAAAAUAGUCUAUUUUUAUCGAUGUUUAUCAACGACUCUAAAAAAAGGUAAAAAACAAAAUAACUCAAAUGACGUAAACGUUGUAAUUUGUACUACUAAAAUGCAAUCGAUUGAACGCAGUGUUACAUUAAUCCGUAAUGUGUAGAGUUUAUAAUGAAACAUUAGUGCAAGUGUUAUUUAGCUAGCGAAAAAGAAGGAGAAGGAAACGAAAAGGCGACGGAUUUUAUUUGGUUCUAACGCGUAGGUGCAAUAAUCUGUUCAAUGCUUCCUAGUUAAAAGUGCAGCAGCAAAACAGCGAGCGAAUGAGAAAGUAACCAAGUAUUCCUAGCAUCUUGAAAAUUUGAUACUGUUUUUUUUGUGUCUAACACAAAUAGUGACGAAAUCGAUUGUAGUAAUAAUCUUAAUAUUAACAUUACGACAUAACUUGUAGGUUAGCAAAAUUUUCAAACUACGCUUUUUCCCAACACAACUACAUCUUUGUCGGCAAUAUUUUUUAAAAUAGAAACCAGCAAAUCCAAUCCACACUAGAGCAGCUACAGAAACUGUGAGUUUUAUAAUGAAACUGAUAAAAAAAAACAAGAAAUCUUACACUUUACAAACUAGACUCUAACAUUUUACCACAUUGUGAAAAGGAAAACCAGCCAAUCAGCAGCAAACAAGUGUUGUAAUAACAAGUGCCUAUUUAUGAUUAUGAUUAUUCAUUGUGAACAGUUUUAUUUUUCAUGUUCGAAAUCUUACGAGGUGGUUUUA